GUCACUAGUCACUAGUCACACCUCACAACUACAAAAACCCAUCUCCUUUCUAAGCUUCUUUGCAGUUUGCUCCUCUUCUUUCUCAUCUUUUGUCUCUCUUGAUUCUUGAUUGCCUUCUGAGCUUCUUUUUCUCAGUGUCUCCUGCUCUGAUCACCAAGGAUGAGAGAAAUUCUUCACGUCCAAGCUGGGCAAUGCGGCAAUCAAAUAGGUGCUAAGUUCUGGGAGGUUGUGUGCGAUGAACAUGGCAUAGAUACCAAGGGAAGCUACAUCGGCAAUUCUCAACUUCAGCUUGAGAGGGUCAAUGUAUACUACAAUGAAGCGAGUGGUGGUCGCUAUGUCCCUAGGGCUGUACUAGUAGAUCUCGAACCAGGGACCAUGGAUAGCUUAAGAACAGGGCCUUAUGGCAAAAUCUUCAGGCCAGAUAACUUUGUUUUUGGCCAAAACGGAGCUGGUAACAAUUGGGCUAAGGGGCAUUACACUGAAGGAGCUGAGUUGAUUGACUCAGUGCUCGACGUUGUUCGCAAAGAGGCAGAGAACUGUGAUUGCUUGCAAGGCUUUCAGAUCUGCCAUUCCCUUGGUGGUGGGACUGGUUCUGGAAUGGGAACACUAUUGAUAUCAAAGAUCAGGGAAGAAUACCCAGAUCGGAUGAUGCUCACAUUCUCUGUUUUUCCUUCACCUAAGGUUUCUGAUACUGUGGUUGAGCCUUACAAUGCCACCUUGUCUGUACAUCAAUUGGUGGAGAAUGCCGAUGAGUGUAUGGUUCUGGACAACGAAGCCCUCUAUGAUAUCUGCUUCAGAACACUCAAACUCACAAACCCAAGCUUCGGAGAUCUAAACCACCUGAUCUCCACCACAAUGAGUGGGGUAACUUGUUGCCUCCGAUUCCCUGGACAACUCAACUCGGAUCUCCGGAAAUUAGCAGUCAAUCUCAUCCCCUUCCCACGUCUUCACUUCUUCAUGGUCGGAUUUGCACCACUCACAGCCCGUGGAUCGCAGCAAUACAGAGCCCUCACCAUCCCUGAACUCACCCAGCAAAUGUGGGAUGCCAAGAACAUGAUGUGCGCCGCCGACCCACGACACGGCCGGUACCUCACCGCAUCAGCGAUGUUCCGGGGUAAGAUGAGCACAAAAGAGGUUGAUGAGCAGAUGAUCAAUGUUCAGAACAAGAACUCAUCUUACUUCGUGGAAUGGAUUCCAAAUAACGUGAAAUCGAGUGUUUGUGACAUCCCACCAACUGGGCUUGCGAUGUCAUCGACGUUUAUGGGGAAUUCGACAUCGAUUCAGGAGAUGUUCCGACGGGUUUCAGAGCAAUUCACGGUUAUGUUCCGAAGGAAAGCUUUCUUGCAUUGGUACACAGGAGAGGGAAUGGAUGAGAUGGAGUUUACAGAGGCAGAGAGUAACAUGAACGAUUUGGUGUCAGAGUAUCAGCAAUACCAAGAUGCAGCAGUACAAGAGGAGGAAGAAGAGUAUGAAGAGGAAGCUGUGGAAGAUUAAGAAAUGUGUGA